UGAGGCACUGUCUCCGCCUGCUCUCUCGGCUCGGUUCAGCUCGGCUUAGCUCAGCGUCUAACGAUCGAUCCAAUCGCGGUGCCGUGCGAAUUCUUUGGACUAGGCGCUUAAAAAGCACUGCCCGACGCUCUGAUCCCUCAUACGCCGUGCAUUCAUCGCGGCUCGUGGACGUGCCGUGUGUUGUGGCCAGAAAAGCGGAAUAAUUACCACAGAUCCUUGUCGUGGGACUGUGAAACGAACUCUGUGUGUAAACAGUGAUCAAGUGUUUUGUGAACGAUUUCGAAUUGAUUGGAUUUUAGUGACCCUCCCCCCUCCUGCGGAUUUUCCACACAAUUUUUUGCCGCAACUCAAUCCUUAAAGAUGACACCCAACAUAAUAGGCAGUACUUUUAUAUUGGCCGAGACGGCCAUUGCCGAUGGCAAUAACAACAAGAUGGCCGCCACACCCGCCGCUACGGCUAACACUGUGGCCACUCCUGCCCCAAAGGUUUCCAAGAAGGUGGAGAAGCCGGCGGAGAAGCCCUAUGAGAUGGAGAUUGUGUGGCGCAACGUGGGACUCUUUGUCAUUCUCCAUUCGAUGGCCCUGUACGGCCUGUACCUUGUCUUUGCAGAGAGUGCCUACUUGGAGCUCUUGCCAGUAUACUUUAGCAUGUUCCUUGGCGGUCUGGGCAUUACGGCCGGAGUCCAUCGUCUGUGGUCGCACAAGGCCUACAAGGCCAAGACGCCGCUGCGCAUCUUCCUCAUGCUGUGCCAGUCGCUGGCCUUCCAGAACAGCAUCUGGGAGUGGACCCGUGACCAUCGUGUGCACCACAAAUUCACGGACACACACGCCGAUCCCCACAACUCCCGUCGCGGCUUCUUCUUCGCCCACAUGGGAUGGCUGAUGUGCAAGAAGCACCCCGAUGUGACCAGCAAGGGCAAGCAGAUCUCCAUGGAGGAUAUUGAGCAGGAUCCCGUUGUCAUGUUCCAGAAGAAAAUGUACUUUGUGGUGAUGCCCAUCUGCUGCUUCGUCCUGCCCAUGAUCUUCCCCUACUACGUGAUGGGCAGCUCUCUGCGCGUUUGCUUCUUCACCUGCUCCAUGCUGCGCUUCUGCCUGUCCCUGCACUUCACCUGGUUGGUGAACAGCGCUGCCCAUUUCUACGGCAUGAAGCCCUACGAUGUGAACGUGAGUGCAAUGAACAACAAGCUGGUCUCCACGCUGACCAUUGGUGAGGGAUGGCACAACUACCACCACGUCUUCCCCUGGGACUACAAGGCAGCCGAGCUGGGCACCUACAGCUUCAACUGGACCACUGCCUUCAUUGAUCUGAUGGCCAAGAUCGGACAAGCCUACGAUCUGAAAUUCGUGUCCCAGGAGAUGGUCUACAAGCGAGUGCUCCGCACUGGCGAUGGCUCCCACAUCGCCGCCCUGCUGGAUGCUAAUAACAACAAUGCCAUUCCCACAAGCGAACUGGUUGCCCAUCUGGACCAUGAGCUGGAGGAGCACGCCAUCUGGGGAUGGGACGACAAGGACAUCAGCGAGGAGGAUCGCAAGGGGGCCAAUGUGGUGAACAAGGAGUCCGAGUGCAAGCAGGACUAGGGUGUGGGUCUGCUGAAGCGGUGGUUAGCCCAAACGAAUAGCCUUCUUGCUGCCACAUUGGGUCUGCAGUAUUUAAUUAUAUUAAUUGCCUAUUCUCCGUACUGCCUACGCAUAAGUGGUGAUUGUUUGCAACCUGAAAAGAUCUACAUAACACCGAUGGGGGGUUUCCCCCUGGGGAGUCCGAUCCUGCGACCCGAUGACAGUAAGAAGCAUCUUAUAUAUCAAUGGCUUCAAUUCCAAAUAUAACAAUCAACUGAAAAAAACUAUUCGAGAUUAGUCAAAGCAACUUGUUCGCAGCAACAGAGCCCUAUAAAUAC